AUGUUAAAUUAAGUUGUUUCAGAAAAAUUGGCUUAAUGUGCAACUAAUACGAAAAUGAUAUAAGCUAAAUUAUAGAUCAUUAAAGAAUCAAGAAAACCUGUAUUAGAGGAAAUUGAGGAUAUACCUAAAUAAAAUUAUAUUUAUCCACCUUAUCAACCUGAAAUCCCAACUUAAGAAUAUUUAAAAUAGGUUAAUAAGCAAGUCAAAAAAAUUAAUGAAGAUGUUAAAGUUAUUAAUUAAAAAGCUGAACAAUUUGAAAAAAAAUAUAAUCGUGAAGAAAGAAAAAGACAAGAUGCAAAGUUAUUUAAGAAACCAGUUAUAAAGACUAAAUAAUAAAUAGAAUAAGAAAAGAAGGAAAAAGAAGAUAAGAGACUUGAUGAUUUUGUUAAUAGAAUUGUGUCAAAAUAUGAACCUUAUCUUAAGAAACCAGAACCUAUUAAGGAAUCUGAAAUUAAAGCAAAAAAGAUAUAUCAAUAAAAGUUUGAACAUUAUUAAAUAAAAAAAGAAUUAUCGAAUAAAAUGUAAAGAGGUCUUGAAAGUAAAGAAUAAAAAGAGUUUGAUUUAGUAACAAAAAAAGAUAAUUGGGUUAAACAAAAAUAAUAAAAUCAAUUUGAAUUAGUUGAAGAUUAUAUUAAACCUUAAGAAGAAAUCAAAUUAGAUUAAGAAUCAUAGUCAAUUAUUAUGAAAAGAGAAUAAGAAAAGAGAAAGAAAAAAUAAUAGAUGUUAUUUUAUUAAAUUCUAGAUGAAAAAGUUAAAAUGGAUUAGAAAAUCUUUAAGAAAAAUUUCAAUUUCUUAAUUACUAAAAUAUUUUAAUAAAUAGAUAAAUAAAAAACAGGAUACAUUUCUAAGGAAGAGCUUCUUUCUUAUUUUAAAGAUUAUAAUAUAUUUAUUGAUAUUUUUGAAAUUAAUUGGUAACCAUUCAAGGAAUUUGUAAUAAAAAUAAAAGCCACUCGUAAAGGACUAUUGAAUAAAUAGGAAUUAAUAGAAAUCUUAUUAGAUUAAAAAUUACAUAGCAAAAUAGAGAAUGUUGCUGAAAGAAUUUAAAAUUAACAAAAAGAAGAAUAUUAAUUACCAGAAUUUGAUUAAGAAAUAUAAGCAAAUUAAGAUGAACCUAUACCAAUACAUCAAAAUGAAUAAACAAGAGAUCCUGAAAUUGAUUAUAAAUAAUUAGAAUUUAUCACUUAAAUAAAUUAGGAAUUUUAAGAUUUGAAUUAUCCAAUUUAUCAUUAAGAUUUAGAAAAUAAAAAGAUUACUUGUUAAUUUGAAAAAGAAUAAUAAUAAAAACAAAAGAAAAAAUUAGAUCCUAACUUUAUUGUAUUUAAUAAUGAAAUUGGAUAAUUAUCAGAACAGUAUAAUAAAGGAAUGUUAGAGUUUCAAAAGAAUGAAGAUUUCAUCAUUAAUUCUUAAUUAUACAAUUUUUAAUAAAAGUGA